CUUUGUUCCGCCGGAUAUUACUGUCCUGGGGGUCAAGAUGAUGAUACCCCCACUGGGUAUAACUGCACGGAAGGCCACUAUUGUCCCACUGGAAGUGAUGCUCCUAUACGGUGUCCUUCUGGCUCAUACCAGGACCAACUGGGCAUGGCAUACUGCAAGGAUUGUCCACAAGGCUUCUAUUGUGACAACACAAUGGCACCAGUCAUACUCUACAAUUCUUCAUAUUGUCCCAUGGGCUACUAUUGCGAAGUGAACACAACGUUUGCAACAGAGAAUCCCUGUCCUGUAGGGACAUUCAACAACCAAACCCAUGCAUAUGGUAUACAGUUCUGUCAGCCAUGUACAGGAGGAAUGUAUUG